UUUGCGCUUUACUUAAUCUAUGGAUAGAAGUAAGCAUUAAGGACCCUUAAACCCCGUACUGUAAUUUCAUAAAUAAUUGCUAUGCUUUUUUGCGCUUUACUUAAUCUAUGGAUAGAAGUAAGCAUUAAGGACCCUUAAACCCCGUACUGUAAUUUCAUAAGUGUGAGUGGAGGAGAGGUGGAGGUGGUGAAAUGUUGUCUGUCCAGUCUUUUCAAGAUGGCGUUGCCUUGCUAGAAAUGAAGUCUCACACCACGCUUUGCUUCCCUUGCCGUUUGUGCGUUUGUGUUCUUAUUCCGGAUUAACUAAAUGGUAAUAUAUUCGCAUCGGACUUGUUGUUGUGACUCGAACUCGAGACUCGACUCGAGUCUCAUAUUCCAUGACUCCGCAUGCACCGGUCUCAGAAAUUCUUCGAGGUGAUAAAACCUUGAUGAGUCGAGCGACGGUGCCGAGGAAUGCCCUCUUUCCUGCGCAUUACUGCAACAAUUAUUACCAUCCGAUCCUCAAAAUAAACUCGGGUACUGAGGCCAGUCGAAUGAGCGAAAAAUAGUUUCAGACACGAAAUCAAGUCUAGGGUUUCGCACUCUUGUCGCAGACAACAACUUUUUCAGGUUCAGUAACCAUUCUAAAAUAAAUGUUAGAGGUCACGAGAAUCUCAUAAAAUUCCCAAAUGCCUGCAGUUUGCACAAUACGAGGAAAUAGGUUGCCAAAAAUCCACGUACCGUUUGUGCCUUGCUUUCGAUUUUAAUGUAGCCCUAUAUGUGGGCUAUUGUAAAGACUGCAACACAUCCAUUUUGAGGAGCUGACGUACCGCACCGACACACACCAUACCAGCGCACAAGAGGGGUCGACACUGGUUAUAUUAAGGCUUUCGAUCGUCGAUUUUCCACUGUGAAGCUCGACUCUCGUCCUCUGAACAUGGAAAAUUUGCCGCCGAAUGUAAUGGUGCAGAUCUUCUCUUAUUUAGAAGUGAAAGACAAAUGCAGAGUUGCAGGAGUUUGCAAGUCUUGGCGAGAACUCGUCGUUGAGAAGAAAUUGUGGAAGAACGUGAACUUCUUCCCCUGCCGAGUCGACCUCGCCACCCACUGGAGGGCGCUCCGUAGAUACUUCACCGACGGCCUGCGCACGCUACAUCUGCGCGGUUUCGUGUUCACCAGUAAUGAGACGGCCAGGUGCCUGACCGACGCCAUUUUGAAGGAUAUCCGCCGAAGGUGCCCGAACAUCGUGGAGCUCCACGUCGACGAAGCAAAUCUGACCAGUGUCGACUCGGGUCAUCUGCCGCCAACUUUGUUGGCCUUGGUGUUGAACAGGUGCAUUACCAGGCCGGGAUGGUUCCAAGCAGGAGUUGCAAAGGGAAGACUGGACCGGCUGCGAAUCCUCAACUUGAAGAGGUCCAAAGAGAUCUGCGACGGGGAUUUGGAAGAUCUUGCCUUUCUUCGAAACGUAGGUAAGCUUGAAUGCCUCAACAUCGCUUACUGCCACAGAGUCGCGCGACGCGGUUUCAGAAGUUUGGCUGAGCUUAUUAAUUUAUGGGAACUGGACGUAAGCGGUACAAACAUCGAGGACCAGGACUUCGACGUCAUCACCAACAAACUGAGGAAAUUAAGUGUCGUUAAAUUCGAGGAAGUGUGCAAGUCUUGGCGAAAACUCGUCGAUGAGAAAAGAUUUUGGAAGAACGUGAACUUUUUCCCCUCCCGAGUCGAACUCCCCACCCUUUGGAGGGCGCUCCGUAGGAACUUCACAGACGGCCUGCUCACGCUACGUCUGCGCGGCUUCGUGUACACCAGUAAUGAGACGGCCAGGUGCCUCACCGACGCCAUCUUGAAGGAUAUCUGCCAAAGAUGCCCGAACAUCGUGGAACUCCACAUCGACGAGGCAGACCUGUCUGGCAUCGACUCGGGUAAUCUGCCGCCCACCUUGAAGGUCUUGGUGUUACACAGGUGCAUCACCACGCCGGGAUGGUUCUACGCCGGAGUUGCUAGGGGAAGACUAGACCGGUUGCGGACUCUCAACUUGAGGAGGUCCAAAAACAUCUGCGACGAGGAUUUGGAAGACCUCACCUUUCUUCCAAAGGGAGACAAUCUUAAACGCCUCAAAAUCGCCUACUGCCACAGCGUCACGCGUCGAGGCUUCAGAAGUUUGGCUAAGCUUAUCACUCUGGAAGAAUUGGACAUUAGCGGUACAAACAUCGAGGACCAGGAGUUCAAGUUCAUCUGCAAGAAUUUGAAGAAGGAAUUAAGAUUUACGAAAAGGAAGUCAGUAAAACGGUGA